AUGAAGCUAAACAACAACGAAGAUGAUGCAAACUUGCGAGCUCCCGUCGUCGUCGCAACUUCCGAUCGGACAGGCAAAGGGAACGUCGUCGCUUCGAAGGAGCGAAGUCUAACAAGAACGAAGGCACCGAAGAAGCCUCUCGUGCAAUCUUACACCUCCUGCGAAGCAAUGAAGCCGAACAGCAACGACGACGAUGACGCCAUCGCAAAUGUCGAGCUCGUGGAUGUAGAGCUUGAAGUUUUGCUGGGUAUCUUUGGUGUGGAUAGUCAUUUGGCUAUUAAAUAUACAUUAUAUGACACUGAAGGCCAUGCAGCCCUUCCCCUGCUCAGGUGGUCCACCGGCACGGCCCGUUGCUUCAUCCCUUGCCAAGCCAGGCACAAUGCCCGUACCCUAUUGUCCCAUGUGGAGCUACUCCGUCAAGACCAACACCGCGUUGACUACAUCCAUCAUAGAGCCGCCAAUUCCACUGCCCGUCUCAACCCUAUCGGAAGCUCUAUUUUUGCAGAAGUCUCGGUAGAAAUUGGCAUACCUCUUUCUAGCUAUAAUUAUAUUGUCACCAUAGGCCUAGGCACCCAGAUAGAGAACUUCUCAGUUUUGUUGGACACCGGUAGCCCUCUCACUUGGAUCCAAUGUGUUCCCUGUGAUAAUUGCUACCCCCAAAUAGUCCCAAUUUAUGACCCAGCCAAGUCCUUUGGUUUCUCCAACAUCCCAUGUAACUCCAACUAUUGUGCUGAUCUUAACCAAUUUGGUUGCUCCUCUACCGAUACCUGUCUAUAUGUGAUAAACUAUUUUGACGGUUCUUUUUCUAAAGGCUCCUUCAUUAAAGACACCUUAACAUUCUCCUCUGAUAAAUUACUCUAUUUCCGCUAUGGCUGUGGACAUAACAAUAGUUGGACAUUCGGACAAAUAAAUGGGAUAUUAGGCCUCGGUCGGGGGGCUGUUUCAAUUAUUUCCCAAACAGCUGGAUUUUAUAACAAGGUAUUCUCAUAUUGUCUACCAUCAGCAACCAACAAAAUUGGAUAUCUCAAACUAGGUAGCUCGGUCCCUAGUGUGCAGUAUACACCGAUGCUGACCAACCCAAACCUUCCAUCUAUGUACUUCCUCAAUCUCAUUGCCAUUUCUGUUGAUCAUGAAAGGCUCAACCUUUCACCUACUGUAUUCACUGGCCCUGGAACUUUUUUGGACUCCGGCGCAGUGAUUAGCCGCCUUCCACCCACUGCCUACUUUGCCCUUCGUGACACUUUUCAACAGUACAUGACAAAAUACCCGAUGGUACCUCCAAUAGAAAUUUUUGACACAUGCUAUGACUUCACAAACUUCCAGAACGUGUCCCUGCCACAAAUUGACUUGAUCUUUGAAGGAGAAGUGACAGUUACAUUAGAUUCCACAGGGAUAAUUUUCACGACAACUACUUCUAUAACGUGCUUUGCCUUCGCUAAAAAUGAUGAUGAUAGUAAGGUAGUGAUCAUUGGUAAUGUGCAGCAACGCACUAAAAAUAUAGUUAUUGAUGAGAAGAAUCAACAAAUUGGCUUUGGGGCUCAUGGUUGUAGCUAG